AUGAUGACGUGCGAAGAAAUCGUCGACGAAUUCACCAUGACUCUUCCCAACGCUGGUAUUCUGCCAUUUAACGACGUGGAGAGGGCCAGUGAGCUUGAUAAGAUCUACGAGCGGGUUAAUCCAGUGCGAUUCAAGGGCUCUUUUAACCCAUAUUUCAAGUAUGGCAAUUGGUUCGCGGCUGCGAUAAAGCGCCGGAGGAGGGCAGAGAUCAAGGCUUCAAGACCAAUUUCUGUAGACAGAUCAUUUGUUCUGGAUCUUCCCAUUGAACUUCUUCUCGAGAUCUUUCAAUUCCUCCAUCCUAUGGACCUAUAUUCCGUUAUACGCUCGACUAAGAGGAUGAGGAGUAUACUCUUGGAUCGGAGAACGUUAUCCAUCUGGAAGGAAGUGUUCGAGAGGUGUUCUGAUGUUCUACCGCGGCGUCCUCUGGACAUCUCUGAACCACAGUGGGCUUCGAUGCUGUUUGGCCCAGCGACGUGUGAUUAUUGCGGGCGGAAGGGCGCCAUGAUUGAUUUUCAUUUUCGACGCCGCUUUUGCCAGUGCUGUAUGGAUGAUAUGUAUGUUGAGAAGUCUAGCAUUGAUGUGAAUUGCCUUGGGGUCAGGGAGGAUGUAGAAACAUUCUGGAAAUGCAUCCCUCCUUCUUAUCGCGAAUAUCAAAGGUUUUACCACAAUAACCAUUGCCGGAGGCCAAGAUAUUUGACGUGGGAUAUCAACAAGAUGAUUACUUCCUUUCUCUUGUUCAACUCGAGAAUCUCUUCUGGUAUCCUCGGAAUCAGCGGCGACCAAUGCAAUUAUGGUCCAGAUGAGCCAUCAAGUUAUAAGGGACACAAGGACAACAUGAAGGAGUUGAUUAAACGCCAUGCUUCUGUCCUUUUACGACGCGGUCAUGAUCAAGUGGAUCUAGAUGUCGCAUCUGGCGUGCUUCUUGAUCAGUAUUUAAACCGAGAAAGAUUCAAACUUAACUAUCAUUCCUAUAAGCAGCUUGCUCUUGCACUGCUGCGAGCUUCCGAGGCCCACAAGAUUGGCAGACUGGAAAAAGAGCGACGGCCUUUGAUCUUCCAAAGGCAGAAGUUAGUGGAAGACCGGUAUCACACCUAUCAAAAGACACUUCCUCCGACUUCAUGGCCAAAUUUGCCGAGGGUGAACGUAGUUUAUGAAUGGGAGCCAUUUUCAGCUUUCAUUGCCUCGGAAUCGAAUGAGGUUGGAGUGCUCCCAGAGGAACCCGUACAAAGUCACCUGACGCCUUUCCUCGAUGCUUGGAUGCAGACACAUCAAAGCAAUAUCUAUGCCAGGCUAGAAGCCCCUUAUGAGAACAUGGACCUCGCUGUGAAUGUCUUCGUUUGUGCAUCUUGCGAAGGUCGCUUCAACAGACGCCACGCUUCAAUCCCGAUCGGCUUGAAAGACCUGCGCUCUCAUUUUAAAUGCAUCGGUCCACAGUUUGGGUUUCGAUUCAGCUCUGCAGGCAGAGCCAGCGCACUCGCGUUAGUUGAUCUUCUGGGAAUGGACCCGAAAACAGCGACUGUCAAUGAUCUGGAUGCGAGGGAUGCGCGGUUUUUCUGCGAGGGAUGCGACAUUUCUUGGGACCGCAGAGUCCUUGGUCGCCAGGCCUUGAAGUGGAGGGAAUGUAUUUCUCAUGUCAUUGAUGUGGAGAAAGUGAAAUCCCACUCCUCCGUUACGUCUUGGGCGCUCCUAACGGCAGAGGCUACGGAAUGUAUCAAAAGACAUGAAGAACGCUGGCCGAAUACAGAGUACGAUGUCUGGUGUUGUAACCACUGCCCUGAACACUACGACAAAGCAACAACAAAGGAGAAAGCGCUUCGCCACGCCAAAGACGUGCAUUCCAUUCACCGCGCUCGGGUCGACGUUGAUGUGAUAUACGACAGGCGAAAGUUGAUCUCUAUCCUUCCCCGCAAUCCUGUUUGUGUCGGACUCAAACCACCAGAGAUCUAUCAAUGUGCAAGAUGCCCAGACACAAUCAACCGUCUUUGGCGGAUCGAUCGCCUCAAACCUCAUUUGCUCGAUAAACAUCAAAUUACGAACCCAGGUCUGAAUGAUUGGAGGGUGGUGAAGAUUGUAGAAAGGAGUGUAGGACCACACUCGGAGGCCACCGCAUAUCCGCAAAUGUAG